AUGUGGACUCAGUUGAAGCUGAGCGGCGGGAGCUGGCUGCUGUGCGGCGUGGUGUGCGUGACGGUGACGGUGACCACGACGGUGGUCCACAUGAACCGGCUGCAGACGCUGCGGGAGUGCGUGUACGACGCGGCGGCCCAGGCGUGCACGUGCUUCUCGAUGCUGCAUCCGCCGGCGGAGUCCAUCCCGAUGCCGCUGCCCAUGCCGGAUCCGGACUCGCAGCCGCAAGGUAUUGUCACGGAUGAAGUUUAA